AUGGCGUCGUCAGCGUCACUCAAGGACCUGUCCAAAGCUCUGACAUCUUUCCUGUCAGCCUCGCCGUCUCUGCCUUUCUCCGACGACAUCACGCAGGUCAUCGAAGCGUACCUGAACAAGCACGAAGAGUAUAGCGACUCGAGCUCCGACAGACUGCAAGAUGAUCUGCUUGGUCUAUACGAGAAGCAUGUCAAGGGCACGCCGUCCAAGUAUGCUGUCUUCAUCCACAUCUUCCGCCUUUUGGUCCCAGUGCUCCGCACACCGGCCCGCCUCUUCAAGUGGUGGGAUAUCUUGAAUGACCCGGUCUUGGAGAACUUCACCCGGGAAAAGGGCUUGAUGGAGGAGUCGCAUAACGCCACCCUCGAGGUUUUGAUGCUGGGCCAUGUCGAUAACGACGAUUCGACCGCCGAACCUACCGUAAACCCUUUCGCGCAAAGACUGUUGUCCUCGUGGAAGGACAAAUACUACAAGACGCAGUCGGGGAAUGACUUGACUGGGGAAUCGAGCGAGCGCGCAAUACGCCAGGCUCUUCUCACGUAUGGAAAAAAAAGGCCCAAGGACUUUCUCUUCACCCUCGACAAGUCGUUUGUUCGCAGCGAGUGCCGAGCCCGCGUUGCCAGACUCUUGUGCGAUGAGAGGAUCGGGGUGAUUGAAGCUACAUCAGACGAAGGCGAGCAGAAGGCUUCAAGCUCGGGAUGGGAGACCUGCCAUUUCUCCCCCGAAACCGACGACAUCGAUGUUCCUCAUCUCGCUAAUUAUUUCACCAUUCUCUACGGCUUGUAUCCCAUCAACUUCAUGGAUUACAUCAGGAAACCGCAGCGAUAUCUUCGACAUGCAAACGCAGCAAACCCCGACGAGGUGGAAGUUCAGCCAACCGAAAUACGUCACAAGUCCGAGCGCUUUCGCCAAAGCCAUCUGUUGCAUCCCAACUUUUACACUCUCACCAUUGAAUCUGAAAAGACAGACUUUGGCCGUUGGAUGACCAGCGAGCCGGCCGAGGUUGUGGCGGAGUGUAUGGCGUUGCGCUUUUCUGCGGACACUUUCGCUGUUGUCAACCCUGACGUCGCUCAGGCCGCCGAGGGUGAGGGCUCGCUUCUCAGUGACGAGUCAGAUCGUGACGGGCUGGGGCCUGCUUUGUUGAGCGAUGCUGCGCCGGGGGCUGGUGCCGAGAGUUGGAGGACCAUCCGAACGCCAGAGGAAGCUUCUCGGGCGAGUAGUCGCGUUCAUUCGACUGCUCAGCGUCAAAGUUCGCUGUCAAGCCAACCGUCCAACCGAAACUCACUGGAGGCACCCAGGACCGAUGUGCCCGGUGACAGUCCAACGUUGCCGCCGCAACUCAACCCGUCUUCCUCGCACACGCAUCUACAAGAUAUGAUUCACUCAAAUAAGGUGAUCAAGUCUGGACUUCAUCAGUCUCUGGCCAAUGACAGUGUUCCCUCACUGGCCCUCAGCCACCAGGACUCUGCAGGCGAGAAGUCAUCCACACAACUGCCUCCGCCGCCCGCAAUCUCCGCGCCGUCCUCCGCAGCUGACGGGCAAACCCAAAUUGCGUUCUUGCAGCGGCAGCUUCUCCUUCUACAAAACGAUUUGAACUUUGAGAGAUAUCUCAAGCAGCAGCAUAUGGCGCAUAUAGGCGAGCUACGACGGAGACAGGUCCAGGAAGCAGCGAGCGAGGCUGAAACCCAGAACCUCAUCUUGAACAAUCGUACUUUGCGCAAACGUCUGGAAGACUCGAAGAAGGCUGAGAUGCAAAUCAGAAAGGAGUCCGAAAAGAGUCGAACGCUGGCCAAGAAGUGGGAGUCUGACCUGUCUGCAAAGUUACGAACCUUGCGCGAGGAGUCUCGGAAGACGAAGUUAAAAAUUCAGUCCUUGCAGCAAGAGUUGCACGCCGCGCGAGAGGAGUGUGAGAAGCUCAAGAAGCUGGUCUGCGAUGCAGAAGUCAAGGAACUCAACUCGAAGCAAAACAUGCAAUCCAUCGAAAUAAAUGCCGCCGACAUCGAUCGGUUGAGGGCAGAGGUAGAGCGACUCUUGAUCUCGGAGAGAAAUCUCCAGGCCAAGGAGACGGAGAGGCAAGAAGCUCUAGCUUCUGCAUCCCAGGCAGAGAACAAGGCCACGAUGCUGGAUUUGAAACUGCAAGCUCGCGAGGAAGAGUUGCAGAAAACGAAGAAGCUAUUUCAGACGCAGAUCGGGGUUUUGAAUGCAAAGCUUCUGGAGGCACAUGAAGGACUGCACAACAGAAGGACAGCAGAGACCAAGGCUGCCGUGGAGAGUGCUUUGGCUGCAAGCCGGGCAAAGCAAGCUGAGCUGCAAAAACAGUAUACGACCCUGAUGCGGAAGUACACGGUCUUGCAGUCUCAAGUUGAAGAAGGCAGAUUCGCGGUUGGGUCGUCAAACUCUCACACGCGGCCCGACUUGCCCUUCCGCAUGGACGUGGACGGGGCGGACUCGACUCAUUCGACCAGUCCCGUGACGAUGAGAGCUAGCCGUUCUGGACUCCACCGAGUCUUGUCAGAUAACUUUCUGCCGUCGUCGUACAGCAACACGCCGCCUAUCAUGACCAACCCGUCAACCCCGGUACCCGCGGGUGCAUCGCUCGCGCCGGCACCAUCCAGUCCACUAGAGGCGGACGAAGCUGCCAGCCCGAGCACGACUGACCCACGAUACUUUGGCAGAGGUGGCGUUCAGAAUCGGCGCAAAGAUGAGAAGGGCAAGGGCAAGGACGAUGGCGAUAAGAAGAAGAAGUCGGGAGUCAUACGUGGCAUCCGCGGAUAUGUGUAA